GAUCUAUUAUUGGAAUGUCUUUGGGUGAUGCUCUUGGUGCUCAUGUAGAGUUUAGACCACGAAAGUUUCUUCUGGAACAUCCAGUAGAAGAUCUUGAAGGAGGAGGAACAUGGGGCUUAGAAAAAGGGCAGUUCACAGAUGAUACAUCCAUGGCUUUAUGCUUGGCAAUUUCCUUAGUGAAUCGUCAUGAUUUCGUUCUUUAUGAUCAGUUAGUUCGCUAUAAAUUGUGGUAUAAAAAUGGGUAUAUGUCAUCGACAGGAUCAUGUUUUGAUAUUGGUGCAGCUACUAAACAAUCGAUAUGCGAGUUUGAACGUCGUCAAAAACAAUUUAUGACAAAAUAUAACAUUUCUCUUGAUCAAAUAGACUUUCUCUCAGACUCUGAUCUACUCAAAAACUUUGAUGUGUAUUGCAGUGAAGACGGUGUAGCUGGAAAUGGAGCGUUGAUGCGAUUGGCACCUGUACCUCUUUUUUUCUAUAAGUUUCCAAAAUAUGCCGUCGAAUUGUCUGGUCUAAGCGGCAUGAUUACUCAUGGUGAUCGAAAAGCGUAUGAUGCUUGUCGUUAUUAUGGUGCUUUAAUCGUGGCUGCUCUUCGUAAUGAAACAAAAGAACAGUUACUUGACAAUCACUUUUAUUCUAAACAUGAAGAAUGGUUCAGUAAUAAUCUACUCUGCCCAGAGAUUAUGAAUAUUGCUGAAGGAUCAUACAAGCGGAAAGGUGGAUAUGAUGAAGGUAUUCGAGGCAAAGGAUAUAUUGUUGAUGCACUCGAAGCUGCUUUGUGGGCUUUUUGGUGUGAUGGAGAUUCUUUUGAAAAAGGAGCACUCGCCGCAGUUAAUCUCGGCGAUGAUACUGAUACAACAGCUGCUAUUUAUGGUCAAUUGGCUGGUGCCUACUAUGGCUAUGAAAAGCUUCCUCAGAAAUGGAUAAAGUUCGUCUAUGCUAAAAAAUUUAUGGACUGUUUGAGUAAGUGGAUUGCGUAUGAAGGAGAAAAAUGGCAACCAAAGUUGUCCAUUGUGUAUAACGAUAUAAAAACACAAAAUAUGACUUUGUCAUCUGGUAGCCAUGCUUCUGAAGCAUCAGCUUCACAGAAUAAACCAAGCGAAUCAGAAAAAGAACUACAACAAAACAGAAUGACUGCAAAUAAAAAGCCAUCCACAAUAAUACAGACAACAGCUUCAAGAAAACUACCAUCUAGUAACAGCACUACAACAAAUAAAAAUAGAAACUAUGCAAUAGAUACGAGAACGAUGGACUCACCUCAACGAUCGCAAAGAGCACAAACUAAUUCACAAGUUCUUCCUAAGUCCAAUAUUCCACCUCAAAUGAGCACUAAAAAACCUACCUACACAUCAAAAAAGCCUUGA